AUGCUCCGUGGUCCGCAGAAGUCGAUCUCGCGAUGCCUCUCCACCUCCGCGCCAGUCUCUUCUUUCCGAUAUGUCAACUCUGAAGGUCUUAACACGGACCUCAAAACUCAGAUGGUCGGCCUUUCCAACUCUUCCUUCAUCUCCGAGAUUUUCCGAGGUGUUGGUAUGGGUCUCGGCAAGUUCUUCGUUGAGCCUGCCACUAUUAACUAUCCCUUCGAAAAGGGACCUCUUUCUCCCCGAUUCCGUGGUGAACACGCUCUCCGAAGAUACCCAACCGGCGAGGAGCGAUGCAUCGCUUGCAAGCUCUGCGAAGCUGCCUGCCCAGCUCAGGCUAUCACCAUUGAGGCCGAAGAGCGAGCUGAUGGAUCGAGAAGAACAACUCGAUACGAUAUUGACAUGACCAAGUGCAUCUACUGCGGCUUCUGCAUGGAAGCUUGCCCAGUUGACGCUAUCGUCGAAGGACCCAACUUUGAGUACUCGACCGAAACUCACGAAGAACUUUUGUACAACAAGGAGAAGCUCCUCAUGAACGGCGACAAGUGGGAGCCCGAAAUCGCCGCCAACAUCCAGAUGGACUAUAUGUACCGAUAA